GACCGACUUCUCGACCGCUGCAUCCACCUCUUGUCCUCUUCGCCGUCUGCUACAGUCGAAAGAAUGAAGCCGUCUGUCCUCUCGAAUUCGUGUGUGUCUUGCACCCAUCAACCUGGUUGAAUGCCAAGAGACCAGCACUACAGAAACACAAAGGGGUGUCGACGAAUCCACACGACUCUGCGACCAUUGCCAUACGCUGCUUUACCAUCUUGCGUUCGCUACGCGUCCUCGAACCGGGAGCCAACACUGUUCUUCAUGGAAUCCCGCUUCAAGAAUGGCAGCGUUUCUCCUGGUGUCUCGAACGCGGCCACAUGUGAUUUCUCCAAAUGGAUUCUUCUACUCCGUACGCGUUAGCCUCGUAACGAGGAGAGACAAGGAAACGCUCCCAAAGAACAAACACGCAGACGGCAAUCCCAGCCCAUAGCGUCGGAUAACAGAAGCAUAGGCCGCCGCUAGUUGAUGUCGUCGCAACGAUUCAGCACCCAUCCCAGUUCCGUCCUGCCCGCGCUCAGGGAGUGAGGAACUCUGCUCGCUGCCCCUUGGGUCCAUCCUCUCGUUUCUAUUAAACGGCAAGAUGCCGCACCCCUUCCCAGGUUUUCGGGCCGUCUUGUCUCGGGUGUUUGUUGCCGUCCUCGAGGAUCUUGUCGCCGUCAUCCUUACCGAUACCCUAAAUUGAUUACAUCCUUAUCGCUGUUUUCAUUGCGUGACAGAUCACGACCCCUUGCGUCAAUCGAAUCCGUGUCCGUGUCCUCGAAAGGUGUCUGUUCCGACUGUUCCAAUUGCCACGCGGUGUCGUGCCACAUCUUGGCCUUCGACAGCUCGACGCUCGUAUCAGCGAGGCUACUGCGAGUCACCGAGAAACAAGAGGCUUGUCUCGCCAUUCAAGCAUUCGACCAUACGCCAGCCAGAUAAACCAAGUAUUCUGCUGCUCCUGCUGUUGUGACAAUGAAAAAGUUCAGGCUCAGCACAUGGCUUGGCUCCGGCUCAACAUCUGAUGCUGCCGAAAGCGACGAGAAGAAGCAAAACCGCCGCUCCUUUUCCCCGUUUUCUGCCAAGUCCAGCGCCAAAGUCAAGGAUGAGAUUUCAACUGAGGCCUCGGCCUCGGCCACUAAGGAUGCCUAUACUAUGCCAGAAAGCCCCGUUUCGUCGGCGUCACGAUUGACAGAGCUCGCGAAGAAGAUCGCUCUCGAGACCGAAAAGCUCGAAAAGUACAUGCAGGACAACAGCCUGCCAAUGCCUACCUUGGACCCAAGCGGACCGGGCGAUUUUCCAAAACUUCCCGAGGACAUUCAGAAGAGUCGUAUGGAGAUCAUCUAUGCUACUCGGGAGCUUGAGGCUCUGGCUCACGGACCCAGAGAGGAUGUUAGAUGGAAGACAUGGAGUUAUCAAGAUAGUCUCAGUCUACAGCUUGUGAACCAUUUCCGCUUGGCCAAGCUUGUUCCCAUUGACGGCACCAUCACACUCGCCGAACUUCAGUCCAAGACUUCGCUGGACCCCGUCAACCUAGCCCGCAUUCUACGCCAUGUCAUGACCAAUCGCAUAUUCCGCGAGCCUUCGCCCGGUGUCAUCGCCCACACGGCAGCAUCACGUCUGUUGGCCGAAGACCAAUCGUUACAGGACUGGGUUGGCUACAAUCUCGAGGACAAUUUCCCAGCCUCCGCGCAUGUCUUGCAGGCUCUCAACGCAUACCCAGAGGCCACUUCUCUAACGCGCACCGGCUUCAACUUUGCAUUCGACACGGUGGACAAGGAGCCGAUGUUCGUCACCUUUGGCAAGGAUCCGGCCCGUGCGAAGCGUUUUGGCGGUGCGAUGCUCAGUCUUACUGGUGGGGAAGGCUACGAAGUUAAGCACCUGGUUGAUUCCUACGACCUUGGCGAGAUUGAUUCCAAAGGAGGGACGCUGGUAGAUAUCGGUGGCAGCCACGGCUUUGUGUGCGUCGACCUGGCAAAGAAGUGGAGGAACAUGAAGUUUGUGGUACAAGAUCUCCCGAAGACGGUCGACUCGGCGCCGAAGCCGAUCUCUGACGACUCCCAAAUCUCUGAGCGCAUCGAACUCGUAGCGCACGAUUUCUUCCAAGAGCAGACGGUGAAGGAUGCCGACGUCUACUUCUUCCGCUGGAUCAUCCAUAACUAUUCAACACCCUAUGCAGUCUCUAUUCUCAAGAAUCUCGUUCCGGCACUCAAGCCUGGCGCUAGAGUCGUCAUCAAGGACCACUGUCUGCGAGAGCCGGGACAAGAGACGCCGUGGGACGAGAGGAUCAUCCGCAGCAUGGACAUGGUCAUGCUGGCUGUGCUGAACGCUCAAGAACGCGACGAGGACGAGUAUCGAGAACUGUUCAAAGCGGCAGAUGAGCGCUACGUUUUCAAGGGUGUGAUGCGGCCCAAGGGGUGCAGGAUGAGCAUCAUCGAAGCGGUAUGGGAUCCAGAGGGGUUGGGCACCGCAGCGGGGCCGAAUGACUCCGUUCCAGCCGAGGUCAAGGAGGAAUAACACCCCCACGCCACCGGCAAUGGAAUUUGCAGCAAGCUACACUUGUGUUCAAACACCAACCGCUCUAAAAUAAAACAAAAAAUACUCUCACAUGAAGUCACCGUUGCUGAUGCAGAUUGGGGGAGGGCGCAGUGUCCAAUAACGGAAGGUACUCCACAUCGUGGGGUGGGACAGCCUUUCGCUUCGGCCGGUCAACAUUACAGGUACAUGGAGCAAUUACACAGCCCGCUAACCAUCAACCAAU